AUGCCUGCGGGUUAUACAUCCACAGCGCGGGCUCUCGCCGUCUCCCCAACGUCGCCAGAAGCUUUUUCCCCGUCUGACGAGGGCGUCUUCCCGCCAUGGAGUCAACGAGCGUCUGCUCAACGAAACUCCCCAGGUUCCUCUAGCCGCACUCCGACGACGUUGCGCGAGCAGGCCAUCGACCGAGCGACCCAAAUGUCGCGACGAAUUCGAGCAGCAUGGCGAAAGAUGACUUUCUGGCAGAGAGUGGGCGCAGUAGGUGCUUUUGUCUUGGCUAACCUGCUGGGACUGGCAUUUUUGUUCUUUACCGGAAAGGUGUUCAUUUGGAUCCGGCCCAUGGCAGCUCAGUGGGAGAAGUCUCGUUUGGCCUUUUUCAUCCUCUGGCUAUGUGUCUUCUUUGUUUCUUUUCCUCCGUUGGUAGGAUGGUCGACAUUCGGAACAGUAUCUGGCUAUCUUUUCGGGGUGUGGAAAGGUUGGCUCCUCUACGCCUCGGCAACGGUGCUCGGGUCGACCGCAUCAUUCAUCGUUUCGCGGACAGUCUUGUCUAAAUUCGUGCAUCGGUUGAUUGAGCGCGAUAAACGAUUCGCAGCCCUCUCGCUGACCUUGAAGUACGAUGGUCUUAAGUUGCUAUGCAUGAUUCGUUUAUGUCCACUACCCUACUCCGCGUGCAAUGGGGCUGUCUCAACCUUCCCGACCGUUCAUCCGUUGAUGUAUGGACUCGCCACCGCACUGGUGUCUCCUAAGCUACUAGUGCCCGCCUUUAUCGGCAGCAGGCUCCGGGUCCUGUCAGAGAACAACGAAAAGAUGAGCGCCGGUUCGAAGGCUGUGAACAUUUGUAGUAUUAUCUUCACGAUCGCCGUCGGCGUCUUCACCGGACUGUAUAUAUACAAAAGAACUCUGGCUCGAGCCAAGGAAUUGGAAGCCAAAGAACGUGAGGAUAUUCGACGGACUCUGCAAGCGGACCACGCCGCUCAUCGUUCACACCAGAGCUUCUCGGAGGACCCGGACGUCGAUGCGGCCGCCCGCACUCUUGCCCGUGAUGAGGAGGAACAGAUCGGUUUCACGGAUUUGGACGAUGACCACGUGGAAUUGGCUAUCGACGAUGAAAGUAGCAGUGAGAACUUGGGCGGCCAGGGCAAGUCGUCGCGCUAUCGGGAUGAAUUCACCGAUAAUGACUCGGAUGCCUUCCGGGAGGAAGAUGGUGCGCAUGAGGAGACAUAUACUUUGCAUACCCAUGUGCGCCGGGACUGA